AUGGAGAAGAAAAUGUCUAGCAAUGCAUGUUUUGGUUCUCUCUUCCUUCUUGCUUUCUUUGCAAGCUUAAGAUCUUCUGCACAGCAACAAAACUCUAAUUACAUCUACCAUAUUUGUCCCAAUACGAGAACUUACCCCACAAACAGCACAUACUCCUCCAAUCUUGGAACCCUUUUGUCCUCUCUUUCUUCCAACCGUCCCUCUUUUACAAAUGGAUUCUACAGCACCGCCGCAGGUCAGAGCCCUAACGUGGUAUUCGGACUCUUCCUAUGCGGGGGAGAUACCUCGGCGGAAGACUGUCAUGACUGCGUCGUGUUUGCGGUCAACGACACUCUGUUCGAUGUCCAGAAGAAAAAGGGGCCUUGCAGUGUGGCCCAGUUCUCAGAUGCAGUUAUGUCCAUACUAAUCGAUGCCGCCAUAGAGGCAGCGAGUAGUUCUAAGAAGUUUGAUGCGAGAAAGGUCAAUAUAUCUGCAUCUCAGAGUUUGUACGCCAUGGUUCAGUGCAUUCCUGAUCUGACGAGAGAUGACUGUUUGCGUUGUCUGCAGCAGGCCAUUAAUGAACUGACCAUCAGUGAAUCAACCACUAACAAAACUGGGGGAAGACUUCUUGGGGGGAGCUGUAGUUCGAGAUACGAGCUUUACCCGUUCUUCAAUGAAACCGUCGAUAUUUCAAUCCCUUCACCACGACUUGAAAAAGGGGGAAGGUCCACUGUUUUAAUCAUCGCUGUUGUUGUUUCAGUCACAGCGGUUUCUCUUCUCUUUGUAGCUAUGUUUCUUGUCCGAGCUAAGAAAACAAGAACGGUUAAUGAGACGGAACCACUUGCUCAAGGCAAUGAUGAUAUUACCACUUCAGGAUCACUUCAGUUUGAUUUUAAGGCGAUUGAGGCAGCAACAGAUAAUUUUUCACUGAGUAAUAAGCUUGGUCAAGGUGGAUUCGGCCAAGUCUACAAGGGUACCUUUCCUAGUGGAGUACAAGUUGCAGUGAAGAGGCUAUCAAAGACAUCAGGACAAGGUGAAAGAGAGUUCGAAAACGAAGUUGUUGUUGUGGCAAAACUACAACAUAGAAAUUUGGUAAGGCUUCUUGGGUUUUGUCUCGAAGGAGACGAGAAGAUACUUGUCUACGAGUUUGUGCCCAACAAAAGCCUGGAUUAUUUUCUUUUUGACUCUACGAUGCAGGGCCAGCUGGAUUGGAAGAAAAGGUACAAGAUCAUUGGAGGAGUUGCAAGAGGAAUUCUUUAUCUUCAUCAAGAUUCACGACUCACAAUUAUACAUCGUGACCUCAAAGCUGGUAAUAUCCUCUUGGAUGCUGGUAUGAACCCGAAAGUUGCGGAUUUUGGAAUGGCCAGAAUUUUUGAAAUGGACCAAACAGAAGCUAAUACGAAAAGAGUAGUCGGAACCUAUGGUUACAUGUCUCCCGAGUAUGCAAUGUAUGGCCACUUCUCCAUGAAAUCAGAUGUGUAUAGUUUUGGGGUUUUAGUUCUAGAGAUUAUAAGCGGCAAGAAGAACAGUAGUCUCCACCAAAUGGAUGGUAGUGUCGGCAACUUGGUUACAUAUACUUGGAGGCUAUGGAGCAAUGAGUCAGCAUUAAAGCUCGUGGAUCCUUUCUUUCGAGAUAACUCUCUAACAAACGAAAUUAUCAGGUGCAUUCAUAUUGCUUUACUAUGUGUUCAAGAAGAUGUUGAAGAUCGACCAACAAUGUCAGCAAUCGUCCAGAUGCUCACUAGUAGUUCAAUCGCUCUAGCCGCACCUCGACAGCCUGGAUUUUGUUUCCGAAGCAGGCAUGAACAAGCAGGGAGAGUAGGUCCAUGUAUGGAUGCGUCUGCUCUCUGUUCAAUCGACGAUGCCUCUAUUACUAGUCUAGCUCCUCGUUGA